AUGGGGGACUCUCCAACAAAUGCCAUGGAUGGAGGCGUAGACACGUGCUGCAAAGACACGCAGACUGAACUGGCAGAGCGGGUAGCAGCCAUAGAUGUGGCUGUUGGCCCAGACAGAAGUGACCAAAAUGGUGACGACAACUCUGAAGAGAAUGACACAGUCUUUUCUGAUAACAUAAAAGACAUUCAAAGAAAUGGAGUCGACAGUGAUGUGGGAGUGAAUGAAUUUCUGCCUUCCCAACAGUCAGAAGACGCUCACUGGAGACAUGUUCCCAAGAGACCUCUCACUAGGCCCGUCCUAUCAAGUAGGAAGUUGUCUCUUCAGGAAAGAUCAUCAGGAGGUUAUUUGGCUUCUAGCAACACUCCAGGUUAUGGUCCUUAUGCCACAGGGCCAUCACCACGUAUAAUGAGGAGACCAACGAUAGAGUCCAAUCGGGUCUCCAUAUCAGAUUCUGAGGACUGUGUGCAAUUAAACCAGUACAAGCUGCAGAGCGAAAUAGGCAAGGGUUCCUACGGUGUUGUGAAACUGGCCUACAACGAGAACGAUGACAAGUAUUACGCAAUGAAAGUCCUCUCCAAAAAGAAGCUCUUGAAGCAGUAUGGAUUUCCACGUCGACCUCCUCCCAGAGGGUCGAAAGCAUCCUCCGGAGAGCAGCCAAAACCCAUGGCACCACUGGACAGAGUCUAUCAGGAAAUAGCUAUCUUAAAGAAACUGGACCAUGUCAACAUCGUUAAACUGAUAGAGGUCCUUGAUGAUCCUGCAGAGGACAACUUGUACAUGGUGUUUGACCUCCUGAGGAAAGGGCCUGUCAUGGAGGUACCAAGCGACCAGCCUUUCAGCGAGGAGCAGGCUCGGCUCUACUUCCGAGAUGUCGUCUUGGGCAUUGAGUACUUGCACUACCAGAAGAUCAUUCACCGGGACAUCAAGCCUUCCAACUUGCUCUUAGGAGAUGAUGGGCAUGUCAAAAUCGCUGAUUUUGGAGUCAGCAAUCAAUUUGAAGGGAACGAUGCCCAGCUUUCCAGCACAGCAGGGACACCAGCCUUCAUGGCACCAGAGGCCAUUUCGGACACGGGCAAAAGUUUCAGUGGAAAGGCACUUGAUGUAUGGGCCAUGGGAAUUACCCUGUACUGCUUUGUUUACGGGAAGUGCCCUUUUAUAGAUGAAUAUAUUCUGGGUCUUCAUAACAGGAUCAAGAACAAGCCUGUGGAGUUCCCAGAAGAAGCACAGAUAAGUGAAGAACUCAAGGAACUGAUCCUACGCAUGCUUGAUAAAAAUCCAGAAACAAGGAUAACAGUCCCUGAAAUUAAGGUGCAUCCGUGGCUAACCAAGGGUGGCGAGGAGCCUCUGCCGCUGGAGGAAGAGCACUGUACUGUGGUGGAGGUGACAGAAGAGGAGGUGAAGAACUCUGUGAAGAUGAUUCCAAGUUUGCCAGCUGUGAUCCUAGUGAAGGCCAUGCUAAGAAAACGCUCCUUUGGAAAUCCAUUCGAGGUUCAGACGAGGCGGGAGGAGAGGUCCAUGUCUGCUCCAGGGAACUUACUGAUAAAACAAGGGAGCAGAGAAGGAGGCAGGGACCCAGAGCUGCCCAACGUGUGUGAAGACGAAGCUACGUCCUGAAGCCGCCCGGCUGUCGCUGGCUGGUCGCUCACAUGCUGCUGCUGCUGUUGUACCCAUCGUGGCGUUGUCUAGCACGCAUCUGCCCUCAUCACCAAGUCUGGGGCCUGCAAAGCAAAAA